UCAGAUCUAGAUCAGAGCCCAACUGGGGAAGGACCUCCCACCGUCUUACAGAAAACCGCAGCUAAAUCACACUAGACCCUACUCAUAGUGUUGUGUUUUUGCCUGUGAGUAAGGUUGCCAAAGCUGAACCUGCUCAAUGAGCGUGCGGAGUGUUAGGGUCGGCAACGCGCAUGUAACACCUUUGGAGUUGCAGGUGUCCAUAGGCUAUGGUGACCAUCAGGCGGGCCGUAUGCUUGUUUGCCAUUGACGUAGUAUAAAAAAACUUUGCGAAAAAGCAGCAUAGAAGAUUACUUUGAUAGACUUCGUCAUAAUACGUAUAAACGUUGGUACCUACUAAUUUAUGGGCACUAUUACUAAUGCAGAUAACUAUUGAAUUUCUAACACAUUGCGUUUGAAAAUACAUUCAUCCUUACAUUGAAUUUAACGCAACGAAGUUGGAGACAUCUGGGCCCAUUUCUUGAACCAUAUUAGGCUAAUAUUUUUAGUGUGUUGUCAUGGAAACCCAUACGAGUCGAAUAUUAUUGGUGUGUUGCCAUGGUAAACCAUACGAUUUGACAGUUCGUGUACUAAUUAUAUUAGUCUAAUACCGUUCGAGAAAUAGGCCCCUGUGGUUGUAGUAGGUACAUUCUGUUAAUGCAUUAGAUACAAGAGGUCAAACAUAAGAGUCUUCCAUUAAUAAUGCAAAUCCCCUUAUUGCGUCAGGUUUAUUGUUCCGUUGUGAUCCUUAUCUUUAUUACAUUUAAAACAAAUAAUUACACAUAGUUACUGACACCUUGAAGGUGAAGUCAAAUAGCUGUAUCUAGGCUAAAAAUAGUUGCAACACAUCACAUUUGUACCGUUACACAUCAUUCCGUCGAAAAAUAUUACCUUAAUCAGAAGUCAUAAGUGCAUAAUAUGUUUUCUAAUAAGUAAUUUAAUUCUAACUAACAAAGCAGUUAGUAAUCGAUAAUUUAAUAACCGGAUUAAGGAGCUCUCGUGUUUGUGUGUUCAGUUGGCUACACACAAUAACAACUUGUCACCUUCUGUAUAGCACUUAACACGAUGACGCGGGGAGUGUAGUUUGAAUAAUAUUUUGACGAUAACCUUUGUUAUAUUUAUUUUAAAAACUUUGAAUUGUGUAUUAUUAAAAUGACAUCUAACGACAACAGUUCUAAAAAGGUUUCUGUGUAUAAGCAAUGGCUUGUCGGUUUUAUUGCUACGAUAACCAUGCUAACAUACGGGAUGCAAAGCGGCUGGGUGUCACCUGCCAUCCCCGUGUUGCAGUCAGAGAGCAGCCCAGCUGGCUACCCCCUAUCCGACUACGACAUCUCUUUAAUCGCUAGUGGCAUUAGUGUUCUAGCCACAUUCACAGCAGUAAUAUACGGAUACAUAUCGGACUCUAUUGGUCGACGCUGGACUUUAUUCGUUAUAGUCAUUCCACAGAUUUUAUGUUUUGCAUUGAAGCUGGUGUCAGCUCAUCCUAUAUGCCUCAUGGUAUCCCAGGCCAUGGCGGGCGUCGCCGGCGGGGGCGUGUUCACUGUCGCUCCUAUAUACAUUAAGGAAAUCGCACAGGACUCCUUGAGAGGCGUUCUGGGAUCCUCCGGAAUGUUUUUAGGGAUUCUCGGUCAGCUGGUAAUGUAUGCAAUGGGAGGAUACAUGAGAUAUUACACAGUACUCUGGAUAGUAGUGUGGCUACCUAUUCUAAAUUUAAUCGCGCUAUUUAAAAUACCUGAAUCACCAGCUUUCUUAAUUAAAAAAGGAAAAGUUGAGGAAGCUACUAAAGUGAUGGCGUGGCUGAGAGGAGUUGAAGAAAAUGACAAAGAAGUGGAGAGGGACAUCUCAAUUGCUAAAAAUGAAAUAGCAACAUACGAAAACUUACCAGCAGUAUCAUGGAAGACUAUUUUAUCAAACAAGAUAUCAAGAAGAGCUCUUUGUUUAUCUUUUCUUGCACUCACAUUGCUGGACUUGGGAGGAAAUUAUGCGAUCCUCGCUUAUGCUUCAGUAAUCCUUAAAGACUCUGGUGUUACAAUUUCCCCAGAAUUGCAGGCACUGUCUUUCCCUGCCCUUUUGGCACUAGGGUGCUUGUUAUCUGUUUUCACAGUGGAAAAGUUUGGAAGAAAGCCUUUAAUGAUAACAAGUGCAAUUUUAAUCGGAGUACCUUUGGCGGUAUUAGGAGCACUGCUUCUCAUACAACAGAAUGGAGGUUCCUUUCCAUCUUGGUUAUCAGUAGUUUGUAUAAGCGCAUGCUUGUAUGCGAGCGGACUGCUAUAUCCUUUACCAUACGUGGUCAUGUCGGAAAUUUUCAGCAUAGAGCUGAGAACAAAAGUGCUUGGUGUUAUCGUGACAUCCGGUUGGUUGUUCUGCGCGUUACAGGCUAUCCUGUUCACGCCAAUAUCGGAAUAUUUCGGGAGACAUACUUUGUUCUUCUGUUUUGCCUGCGUCAACUUUAUAGGAGCUGGUUUGAUAUAUAUAACAAUGCCAGAAACAAAAGGGAAGACUGUGGAGCAGAUUGAGAAAGAAUUCGGAGGGAGGAAAUAAUGAGCGGUGUUAACUAUUAUAUAUUUGAACAAUACAGUAACAAUACAUGAAUAUUUUUUUA